AUUGGAGCAUGCCGGCGGAGGCAGGCCAAUUUUCCGGUCGGAGGGGCGUGGGGACAGCAGGCCCCGCCUUGCCCCGUGGCGGGUUCUUCCCUCCUGUCCCUGGGCUGUACUGUAGACAUGGGCACCACCUGGAGGAGCCCUGGACUCGUGCGGCUUGCCCUGUGCCUCGCUGGCUUAGCCCUCUCACUGUACGCACUGCACGUGAAGGCGGCGCGCGCCCGCGAUGAGGAUUACCGCGCGCUCUGCGACGUGGGCACGGCCAUCAGCUGUUCCCGCGUCUUCUCCUCUAGGUGGGGCCGGGGCUUUGGGCUGGUGGAGCAUGUGCUAGGAGCAGACAGCAUACUCAACCAAUCCAACAGCAUAUUUGGUUGCAUGUUCUACACCAUUCAAUUGUUGUUAGGUUGCUUGAGGGGACGUUGGGCCUAUAUCCUACUGGUCCUGAGUUCUCUGGUGUCUGUCGCUGGUUCUGUGUACCUGGCCUGGAUCCUGUUCUUUGUGCUGUAUGAUUUCUGCAUUGUGUGCAUUACCACCUAUGCCAUCAAUGUGGGCCUGAUGUUGCUCAGCUUCCAGAAGGUGCCAGAACACAAGGCCAAAAAGCACUGAGUUCCCAUCUCAUGCCAGGCUAACCUAACUUGCUUUGCCUUGGCACCUGACCCUUGCCCAAGUGUAUCAUGUGUGGUUUCCUAGAAAGCCCUAUUCCACUCAUUCAAAUCUCCCUCCAUAACCACACACAGAAAAAUGACCAAAUGUGUCUCUAAGUUCUGUUCCCAUGGGCUGCUUUCUGCUAUUGGUUAAAGAGAAGGAUUUUGAACAAUAAAAUUUUCUAUGUUGGUCAA